AUGAGAACUAUUGGUUUCCAAUCAAGUCGCUAUGACUGUGACGUCUGGAUGAGGCUACGUGAGGAUAACAAGGGAUACGAUUAUCUAUGCACUCACAUGAAUGAUUUCAAAGUUGUGGCCAAAGAUCCCCAACGGUGGGUCAAUGCUAUUGCUGGAGCCUUUCAACUGAAAUGCUUUGGAAAGCCUGACUACUACCUUGGUAUGGAUCAUAAUUUCGACGAGGAGACGAAGUGUUGGUUUACUGGUACCAAGACCUAUGUGGAAGAGUGUAUCCGAAGGAUCCAAGCUUUGCUUCCUCCUGAUCAUUUGCUCUGCACCCACAACACUCCUGCCCCCUACAACGGGAAAGCUUCCCAUCAUGAAGAGGACAAGUCCGAUUUCCUUGAUGACGCUGGAAAACGCCAAUAUCAGAUGUUGGUUGGCAUGGCUCAAUGGGCCGUGACCAUUGGACGAAUGGACAUUGCAUAUGCAGUCUCUUCGCUCAGCCGCUUUUCCUCAGCGCCUCGUGAAGGCCAUCUGGAGUUAGCUUUCUACCUUUUUGGCUAUCUAAAGAAAUUCCCCAACAAGCAACUGCCUGUUGACUCGCGCCCGCUCGAACUUUGCCCGACACUCACAGCGACCAAAGGUACAUUCAAGGCAGAUUUCCUUGAAGAGUAUCCGGAUGCAAAGGAGGACCGAGAUCCCAAGGAACCCAAAGCCUUUGGAAAGCCAGUACAAAUAAGUGUCUUCUUUGAUGCCAAUCUGGCAUACGGCCUAGUUACUCGGCGGUCCAUAACUGGACUCCUUGUCUACGUCGGAAGCACCCUUGUUUCAUGGACCUCCAAGCGUCAGGGCUGCAUUGCAUCGAGCACAUAUUGCUCUGAAUUUAUUGCUAUGCGCGCUGCUGUUGGUGAAAUGGGAUCUUAA